AUUAGAAAUUCUAUAUUACCGUGAAAAAAGCUGCAAUAAAAUUGGCUAAUAGUUUUAUACGUUCGCUGUUUUAAUUGAUUCUGACCAACAGUUAUCAGUAUGAACGGUAUCAAGCUCGGUACUCUCGUGUUUAUAGUAAUAAAUAUUUUCAUAAACAAAGUUAUUGGAUUCCGUCUAAAUGAUGAGGAUUUAAAGAAAGUUAUAGUUUUGAUGCAGCAACAACUGUUACAUGGACAAUCGAAAACACAGGGUACUAGAAGUAGACAUUUUGACGACGAUUUAUUAGAUAAUGAUAGAAAUCUUGUCAUUUCGGACAAUUUAUAUGAUAUUACAAGAACUAAUACUGAAGAUAACAAAGAAAAUCCAAUGACUAUAUUAAUAUUUAAAGCCAAAUAUAAACCUAAGGAGUCAAAAGAAGAUACGAUUGUAAAGAAUUUGUUGAAAGAGAUAUUGAAUGAGAAAUUAAUUAAUAAUAAAUAUAAUGUAAAUCUGAAACCAAAUUUCAAAACAAAUGAAUUUAGUAAUGAAGUGAAGGAUCUCAAGAAAUUUUCAAAGUUAUAUUUAAUUUUAAACUCAUCAAACAAUAGAAAUGUAUUAAAUGGUAAUGAUUUGAACGAUAUCGGAAGAUUAUUAUCAAAAUUACUUUCCACUAAAGCUAGUAAAAAUAAUGAAAACAAGAAACGUUACUACAAAGGUUUUGCAGUAAAAGAUGACGAGUCAUCCAGUCGAAGAAGGCGCGACUCAGAUGAGUCAGAAGCCGACGAUUAUAGACCGAAACGUUCACGAAUCAAAAACAAUGGUGUGGUGGGAGGACGAACUUUUGCACCGUCAAUGGGGAAAAAACGACACGUAUAUGAAAGCGAAUAAAUAUAAAAUAUUAAAAGGGACUUUUAUUACUUUUUAAUGUAACCGUAAUGGUUCAGCGUAAAACAUGAUA